AGCCUACUUAACUGGAGCGGCCGAGUCGUCUGCAUCGCUGACUCUGCAUUUGAUUUUGAAACGUUGAACGUUUUAUUUCAUUUUGAUGAUUAAAUCCACUGCAAUCAUCUAUAGACUGUUCACGGGUUCAAGUGUCAUGCCAAGGAAAAAAUCAGAUGGAAGAGCGGUUAAAAAGAAUACAGGUGUUUCAUCAGUGGCUAGUUCUGCAUCAUCUUCAUCAGGGCCAGUCAUGAUGAAAAAAGAUGGUUCUAUCUCAAUCUCGAUCCAGGCUAAGCCAGGAGCUAAACACAAUGGCAUCACAGGUAUAGAAGAAGAAGGUGUAGGGGUUCAGAUCAGUGCUCCUCCGGUAGAGGGAGCUGCAAACACUGAGCUUGUCAAGUACCUGGCUUCCGUACUUGGGCUUCGUAAGAGUGAUGUCUCUUUGGAAAGGGGAUCAAAAUCAAGAGCAAAGACUAUCGGUGUGGCAUCAGGGACUCUCUCAGCCAAUGAGAUCCUUCAAAAGCUUCAAGAGGAAAUAGAUAAUGGAUGAGGCCCUCAGAGUUAUGAGUUAUCCCCAAUCAUGUGAGGAGAAUUUCAGGUCACAAAGUCAAGGUCAAAGGUUAUUGCAGGUCAACCACCUUAGACUGUGUUGUGGCGUCAUCAUCAAAAACUGAACCUGAGGUUAAGUUUUGGAUGUGUUUAUAUAAUUUUGAAAGUAUAACUUAUUAUUCAUUGAAACUUAGACUAAAGGGUUAUCAAGUAUCACAAAUCAUAUGACACAAAAUCCAGGUCACAAAGUCAAGGUCAAAGGUCAUUUUAGGUCAG